AUGAUGGCACCAUUAAGUUCGCUAACGCUUCUCUCCUUGAAGCAGCUUGGUUUGGUUGCCUUUUAUAUCGGAAGUGCGCUGGCAUGGAACGGGCCUCAUGGCGCCCCUUCGAGGAACGUUCCUAGGGUAGAUUAUCCAAUGUUUGAUCCACUUCCUAGUAACGACUUCAAUACCCGUCUCAUCCGCUGCGAAUACCCUUCGAUGAGAGGCUGGAUUUACUCGAACAAGAAGAACGGGGACUGGCUAAAGUAUGUUGGUUCAAAUCCGGGGGAAAUUACGGAAUAUAACAUCGACACCGACAACGACAAAUAUAUUCCACAAGGAAUUACUCGAAGGUACCACCUAGAAGUAACAGACGAAUCGGUGAAUAUGGACGGGACGGUAUUUGACAAGGCCAAAAUCUUCAAUAAGCAAUAUCCUGGGCCGUGGAUUCAGGCAUGCUGGGGGGAUGACCUUGAAAUUACUGUCACCAACAAGUUGAAGCAUAAUGGAACCGCCGUUCACUGGCAUGGAAUCCGGAUGAUGGAAAAUAUGUUUAAUGACGGUGUUCCGGGCGUCACUCAAUGCCCUAUUCCUCCAGGUUCCUCGAUGACUUACAGGUUCAAGGCUAGCCAGUACGGAUCCAGCUGGUAUCACAGCCAUUACUCUCUUCAAUAUGCAGAUGGGCUAUUCGGUCCAAUGACAAUCCAUGGGCCGUCAUCAGCAAGCUAUGAUGAGACCGUUGAUCCACUACUGAUAACAGACCACCUCCACGUUAGCGCAUUCGAGCGAUUCUACCAGGAAUUGGAUGGACAUCCACCCGCCAUGGACAGCAUUAUUUUGAAUGGAAAGGGGGAUUACGACCAAACUGGUGACUUGAAGAAGAAAUAUCGUACCGUUAUUAAGCCUGGUAAAAAAUAUCUUGUCAGAUUGAUUAAUACCUCCGUUGCUACGACAUUUGUAUUUUCUGUGGAUGGCCACAGAUUCCAAGUUGUUGGGUCGGACUUUGUUCCAAUAGAACCCUACGAGACUGAUCAUAUUGCCGUUGGAAUUGGCCAGCGUUACCAUAUUAUUCUUGAAGGGCUUUCCAAAGAAGAGGUUAAGAAGAACGACAAGUAUUGGUUGAGGACAACCCCUGCGAAAGGGUGCUCAAAAUUUGCUGAGGGUAAAGGCACUGAUGACAAGACAGGGGUUAUCUACUACAAUAAGGAUGAUGGCAUCUCCCCACAGACUGAGCGAGGAGCCUUCUCUUUGGACUGCCGAGAUGAGCCUCUGGAUAAGUUGAAACCUAAGGUUAAGUGGACCGUCCCCGACCCCGGUCUCAACAUGGCCGGUGCCUUCGAGAAAUCGGCAGAUGUGCAACUUGGCCAGUGGAAGAGGCCAGGAUAUGUUGAGACAGAUAGCCUCGUCUCUAACUGGGAAUUCGGACCAUCUCCCAUGUGGAUUAACUACUCUGAGCCCAUUAUUAAUAAUCUUGACAAGACGGAAUAUCCUUCAACGUGGGUUGUAUAUCCGGCGGACGAAUAUGCCAAAAAUAAGUGGGUUUACCUUGUCAUCACAGGGAAGAAACUAAAGGCGCUUAGCACCCAAAUUGCUGUUGCGCAUCCGAUACAUUUACAUGGCCAUGAUUUCGUUUUACUGCAACAAUCUAUGGAACCGUGGGACCCCACCAAUGUCAAUCUUAAACUUGAUAACCCACCGCGUCGAGACGUCGCGUUGCUACCUGCUGGCGGGUUCAUUGUGAUUGCCUUUAAACCAGACAAUCCAGGUUCGUGGCUGCUGCAUUGCCAUAUUGCCUGGCAUGUGUCUGCUGGUUUAGCGUUGCAAGUACUCGAGCGCAAGGAGGACUUGAAGACACUGACCUUAAACAAUCCCGACUUUGACUUUAUGCAAGAGAAUUGCCGACGAUGGGAUGCAUGGCAUUCAGAUAAGAGCAACUACUGGAAUCCAAGCGGUCACUUCCAGGAUGAUUCAGGAGUUUAG